AUGGCUAACACAGGAAUUUUGUCUUCACACUUCAUUCUGAGACUUCUUUGUCUACUGCUUCAUAUGAACUCCUUCAGGGCUUACUCACUAAAAAACUGCACUAAAACUUAUCAGGAGAAUCUGUCGGCUCAUGUUGUUUUGGACUGUUCAAACAGAAACCUUGAGAAUAUCCCGGACGACCCCCCUAAAGAAGCUGUUUCAUUAAAACUCAACAGGAAUCUCCUUCAGAAAAUUAACAAAAAGGAUUUUUGUGGCAUGUCAAAACUGAGAAUUGUGAAUCUAGAAGAUAAUAAAAUAGUUUUUGUGGAUGAUGGGUCUUUCACUGAUCUGAGUUUGCUGGAAACACUUGUCAUUAGCAACAACAAACUGACUAACCUGACAAGCAACAUGUUUCAGGGUCUGUCCAACCUCACUGUGCUUGACCUCUCUUACAACAAGAUUUACUUCAUUAAUAACUCAGCCUUCCAGUUUCUGAGCAACUUACAAUCUUUGGAUUUAAGUGAAAAUAUGCUCCAGCAAAUCACCAAGAUUCAGCCCAUCCUACAGCUACCACAAAUACAGAGGCUUGCUCUCACUUCUAAUCAGUUUUCUUCUUUUGAAACUAAAGACUUGCCACUAAAUCUGUCCUCAAGUCUAAAAGAGUUGAGUAUUUAUAAUUUUGAAGUGAAAAAUUUCAGCAUCACAACACCAAUCUUUCCUUACCUCACAAAAUUGGAUCUUUCAGGAUAUGGACUUCAAGCUCACAUAAAAUGGGACAUUCCUGAUAAAACCUUUCUGAGGAACAUAACACAGCUUUACUUUAGGCAGCAAUUGCUGUCACUUGAAGAGAUGCAAAAAGUCUUGCAGAGUUUCAGCUCGCUGAGACAUCUGAGAUUUGGACUGUCGGAUGAGUUGAUGACAGAAAGACUGUUUUUGACAGUCUGCAAAAUUCCAUCAUUAAGGAGACUGGAUUUGUUUGACAACAAUCUUGACAAUCUGACUCGUCAACUUUCACGUUGCUCUCAGCUCACAGAGCUUGAUCUAUCUUCAACCGGAAUAACUGAACUGCAAAAAGGUUGCAUAUCAUCAAUGACACAUCUCUGGUCCCUGAAUAUGAGUUUCAACCUGCUCGUCAACGUUCCAUAUGAUGUAAGACGCCUCCCCUCCCUCAAGAUCUUGAAUCUGAAUUCGAAUCGAAUUUUUGAGUUGACCUGUGAGGCUUUUUUAAAUGCAACACAUCUCACAGAGCUUUCCCUGAGCGAUAACCGCAUUGCUAAACUGGAUAAGUGUGUUCUUGAACAUCUUACUGAUCUAAAACUCUUAGAUCUGAGUAAAAAUCUGCUAAAGAAAUAUGGAAACAUCUUCAGUGUUGCCCUCCAGAAACUCGAGGUUUUAGAUUUGGCCUACACUGGUAACUCAUUCCUGAAAUUCUGUGACUUUCAAACUUUAGAAUCCUUGAAACAAAUGAAAGCUGGAAUGUACUUUUUCGGAAGGGGAAAAGAUAAAAAAAAUCAUGGGUGGAAUAAUGCCAACAAUAAAUCAAACUACAAUGGUUUGCAGAGCUUGGAAAAUCUUACAAUAAUACUUAAUGUUGAAAGCACUUUCAAAAAUUUUCAUUCAAACUAUGGUAAGUUUAUUUUCCUCUUAAAAUCUUUGAAAAUACUCACAGUGGUUUGCAAUGUAGAUCAUUCUGGCAUUCCAUUUGAUGUUCCAAUAGAUAUGCUCCGAACUAUGGAACAUUUGGAGUAUUUUACAGCUAUAAAUGUGUAUGCUUACCCUCUAGAUGUGAAAACAUUUCAGUUCAACCCACGUCUUAAGAGUCUGACAUUAGCUAAAACGGACUUGUCAAAACAAAAUCCUGAACUAUUUUUAUCAAUCCCAAACCUGCAGAUUCUUGAUCUCUCAAGGUCUGAGCUCAAGUCUUUGAAUUUCCUGGUGCAUGCCAAUCUUACUGCUCUCAGAUAUCUGAAACUGACUAAUAAUGAGAUCAAUGUGAUUAAUGAGGUAGUCUUCAGCUUCCUGCCCUCUCUAACAUACCUGGACCUGAGCUUCAACCAGUUCACCUGUGAAUGCUCAAAUGCAGGUUUCAUCCAGUGGAUAAAGGACAACAAGCAAACACAGGUGGUAAAUGCUCAUCAGUAUAAAUGUUCCUUUCCUGUGGACAAACAAGGAACCUUGUUACUAGACUUUGAUGUCCAGUCCUGUUGGAACGACGGCAACUUCUUUUACUUCGUCUCCAGCUCAUGUCUGGUUGUUCUGGCUCUCCUCACCUCUUUCAUCUACCACUUCCUGAGGUGGCAGCUAGCAUACACAUUCCACCUCUUCAUGGCCUUUCUCUACGACAGCAAGAUGAGGAAGAAGGGAGAUCCUCAUCAGUUUGAUGCCUUUGUGUCCUACAACGUCCAUGAUGAGGACUGGGUUUACAGAGAGAUGCUUCCAGUUCUGGAGGGAGAGCAGGGCUGGAGACUCUGUCUGCACCACAGAGACUUCCAACCAGGUAAACCCAUCAUGGAGAACAUCACUGAUGCCAUUUAUGGCAGCAGAAAGACCAUCUGCGUGAUCAGCCGCCAUUACCUGCAGAGUGAAUGGUGCUCCAGAGAGAUCCAGAUGGCCAGCUUUCGCCUGUUUGAUGAACAGAAGGAUGUGUUGAUCCUGCUGUUUCUGGAGGAGAUCCCUCCUCAUUAUCUGUCUCCAUACUACCGCAUGAGGAAGCUGGUAAAGAAACGCACCUACCUGAGCUGGCCUCAGGCUGCACAACACCCAGGAGUCUUCUGGCAGAAUGUCCAGAGAGCUCUGCAGACAGGAGACGCUCUGACUGAGGACACAGACCUGCUGACCGGACCAACAGGACACAUGGCUGCCGUUGGAAGUUCGUCGUCUCGCUUCGUUUUGAAACUUCUCUUUCUCCUGAUUCAUUUUGUCCCCUCACUGACCUUUUCACUAAAGGAUUGCAACAUAGAUUAUCAGGAAAAUCCAUCUUCUGAUGUUUCUUUAAACUGCCAAGAAAGAAAACUUACAGCUGUCCCGGAGGAGAUCCCCCAAAAUGCCGUUUCAAUACAGCUCAGCCAUAAUCUACUUGAGGAAAUUAACAAAGAGGAUUUUUGUGGCUUUUUAAAUCUGAGAAUUCUGAACUUAGGAUCAAAUCAAAUUGUUUCUGUAGAGGACGAAUCUUUCUUCAGUUUGGUAUCACUGAAAACGCUAAGCAUGAGCUUUAACCAACUGACCAAACUGACAAGCGGCGUGUUUAAGGGCCUGUCUAACCUCACGGUGCUCAACCUCAAUUCCAACAGCAUUCAGUUCCUUCAUAACUCAGCCUUCCAGUUCCUGAUCAGCUUGCAAACCCUGGAUUUAGGUUGCAAUUUGCUCCAACAGAUCAGUGACCUUCAGCCGAUCUUACAGCUACCACAGAUACAAACGCUUAACCUCGAAUCCAAUAACUUUUCUUCCUUUGAAACCAAAGAUCUGCUGCUGAAUAUCUCAAAUCUUAAAGAGUUGCAACUUCCUAGUGAUACCCUGAAAGUUUUCAGCAUCACAACUCCAGUCUUUCCUUACUUAGAAAUGAUAACCUUCGAUACGUGUGGAUUUUGCUCUAACCUUGAAUGGGACAUACCCGACAAAACCCUACUGAGGAGCAUAACGCAGUUGUGUAUUGCCGGGUCUGUUCUUUCCUUUGAAGGGGCCCAAAGAGUCCUGCAGAGUCUCGACUCACUGACGCAUCUCACGUUAUAUCCAUUGGACAACUGGUUGAAGAAUGGAAUCUUCUCUACGAUCUGCAAAAUACCAACUUUGCGGAAGCUGGAUUUGUCCGGCAACAUCCUUUACAAUUUGACUUUUAAACUUGCACCUUGUUCUCAGCUCACAGAGAUAGACCUGUCCAACAGCUGGGUUACUGAAAUGCCGAAAGGCUCCAUACAGUCAAUGAAGCAGCUGCGGUCCCUGAAUGUGAGUGAAAACCGACUCGUUGAGGUGCCAGUUGACAUCAGGAGCCUCAGCUCUCUUGAAAUCUUAAAUAUGAAUAACAAUCGUAUCUCUGAGUUGAACUGUGAGGACUUCAGGGGCGCGAUACAUCUGAGAGAGCUUUCUCUGAACAGUAAUCGAAUCAUUCACAUUGAUAAGUGUGUUGCUGAGCAUCUUACUGAUCUAAGGCUGCUAGAUCUAGGUAACAAUCAUAUUACAGAUUAUGACGACUGCUUUGAAAUUGCCCUGCAAAACCUUGAAAUCUUGGACUUGAGCUACAACGUGAUAUUUUAUCAUGAAGCAGAGGAGUUCCAAGCGUUAGAGUCUCUGAAAUAUUUGACCGUGGGAACAUAUUUUAUUAUGCAAGCAAAGCAAAACGAUCACGGAUCAAACGGUCUAGAUGUUUUUCUGUCUCAUGAGCAUGACUAUGAAGCUGCUUUCAGAGGUUUGCAGCACUUGGAAAGUCUCACGGUAUACUUGUACGCUGACAAUGUUUUCAAAAUUCCUCAUGCAACAAAUGAUGAAAAUUAUUUCCACUUCCAAUCCUUGAAAACCUUCACAGUGAUCUGCAGAGGUGAUCGCCAAGGCGCAAGCUUUGACAUCCCGCAGCAAAUGCUCAACGCUAUGGAAAAUUUGGAAGUUUUAAAAGCAGUGAAUAUCUACAAUGAGGCCCCACACAGAGAGACAUUUGAUUACAACCCACAUAUCACAAAUCUGACAUUAACAAAGUCCAAUUUAAAAGAUAUGGACCCAAGAAUAUUUGUAACUAUCCCAAAGCUGCAGAGUCUGGAUCUUUCAGAGACUAAUCUCAUAUCUUUGGAUUUUCCACUUCAGGCCAAUCUUACUGCUCUCAGAUAUCUGAAAGUGACUGACAAUGAGAUCAAUGUGAUUAAUGAGAGUGUGUUCCAGUUUCUCCCCUCUCUAACAUACUUGGACCUGGACAAUAACCCGUUCACCUGUGAAUGCUCAAACUCAGGUUUCAUCCAGUGGAUCAAAGAAAACAAGCAAAUACAGGUGGUUAAUGCUCAUCAGUAUAAAUGUUCCUUUCCUGUGGACAAACGAGGAACCUUGUUACUAGACUUUCAUGUCCAGUCCUGUUGGAACGAUGGCAGCUUCUUUUACUUCAUCUCCAGCUCUUGUCUGGUUGUUCUGACUCUCCUCACUUCCUUCGUCUACCACUUCCUGAAGUGGCAGCUAGCCUACACAUUCCACCUCUUCCUGGCCUUUCUCUACGACAGCAGGCGGAAGAAGGGCGAUCCUCAUCAGUUUGAUGCCUUUGUGUCCUACAACGUCCACAAUGAGGACUGGGUUUACAGAGAGAUGCUUCCAGUUCUGGAGGGAGAGCAAGGCUGGAGACUCUGUCUGCACCACAGAGACUUCCAACCAGGUAAACCCAUCAUGGAGAACAUCACUGAUGCCAUUUAUGGCAGCAGGAAGACCAUCUGUGUGAUCAGCCGCCACUACCUGCAGAGUGAAUGGUGCUCCAGAGAGAUCCAGAUGGCCAGCUUUCGUCUGUUUGAUGAACAGAAGGAUGUGUUGAUCCUGCUGUUUCUGGAGGAGAUCCCUCCUCAUCAUCUGUCUCCAUACUACCGCCUGAGGAAGCUGGUAAAGAAACGCACCUACCUGAGCUGGCCUCAGGCUGCACAACACCCAGGAGUCUUCUGGCAGAACGUCCAGAGAGCUCUGCAGACAGGAGACGCUCUGACUGAGGACACAGACCUGCUGACCGGACCAACAGUAUUCUGA